AUGAUAUCAAAUAAUUCAAAUCGAAAGUCAAAUAAUUUCUACUCAAUAAUCAUUUCAUUUGCAUUACUCUUCAAUUAUAGCAUUUGUCAAGAGCAGUAAAAUAGUAUUUCAGCAGAUAGUGGAGAUCCCAUGUACAUCGGCUCAUAUUGCCAGUCGAAUGAUGAGUGCCAGGUAUCAACAUUUUGCUGUUCAGAAACUAAAUGUGUUCCAGGCAGUGUGUGCUAUAAUGGAUAGAAGCAGAGUGCAGACUUUUGUGACUUCAACUUUGAGUGUUUAUCUAGGUGCUGCAAUAAGAAGUAGUGCAGUCAUUUCAUAAACUGUGUACAAAAGUGCUCUGUAAACUCUGACUGCGAUUCUGAGUGCUGCUCAUUUAACUUUUGUUCAUCCAGUGCUAUAUGCUCUAGCAGGAAAAGUAACGGGGACUAUUGCGAUCUUGACACUGAAUGCAUAAUAAUCAUUGUAGUGGCAUCUCUGAUGACAUUUUCAUUGUAUUACUUUAUAUGCAGAAAAGGGGAUACUGAUGACAAUUAAACCAACAGAGGCAGAAACAAUGUUGUUAGUGAAUACUCUUAAAGAGAUGACUCUAUUGAUAACAUCUAAUUGCUCACUAACAGAUCAAGGGAAGGUUCAAAUAAGAGAUUAAACAAAAAUGCCAUAAAUAUUAAUAAUCUGGCUCCUCAAGGUGUGAGCUUUACUCCUAGAGAACGCAGAACUUCUACUCCAAAUCGAGAGAGAGCAAGUGAGAAAAAGAACAGGCAAGAAGGUUCCAGCUCAAGUAGUUCAAGUCCCACCAGACGUAAGAGCUCUAAUAUGAGUCUUGAUCAUUAAGCUAGUGGGGCGAGUGGAGCAGCAGGGCAUCACAAUCAAUUUUGA